ACGGUCGCAAAUUAAUGCCGAAAAAAUCGGUUCAUUUUGGUAAGUAAUUUACGUGCGGUAUUUAAUUACAAUGCGGGUGUUAUUAAUUGAAAUAUGCGCGUUAAUCGCAUUCGUGCAAAUCGGUGGUGAAUUUAUAAAAAAUGAACUCGAAGGUACACCCAGGGACGUGUUACCACCCCAAAACGGAACCGACGCGGUCAACUGCUGUAUCGUACGUGAAAUCAUUCGUCGUAUAGAGGCACUUUUGCAAAAGCAACUGGAAAGGGGUGAGUUGACAAUUAAUGCCGCUUUGAAGCCGGAAGAAACUGUGCCGAGGGUGAGAAAUGUCCGGCAAAGUGAUGAUAUGUUUAGUUUCAAUAAGUGUGUCUUAAAAUCGGAGAUGGAACAGCACAAAAAUGUAGAAACCGAACAUAUUUUUGCAAUCAAACAAGAACUCGAACAUUUAAAGGAGCUCAUUCGUUUACUCCGGGAUCAACAACAAAUACUGAACAUGCUCACUGACGUCGAGAAUAAAGCGAAGGGUGAAGAUGAAGAAGACCAGCGGAAGCUGAUCAAGCUUUUCCGAAUGCUCCAAAAUAAUCUCCCACGGGAAGCCAAGUCCACAAGUGCGCCCCUACCCUCUUCAACUCCGGAUAUGAAUCAAAUCAUCAUCGAAAUCAGAAAACUGCACCAACAAAUAGAAAACGCCAACCGAAUAGCCGAAGAUAAGCUAAAAGUCGAGGUGGCUAAGCAACAAAGCCACUUACAGCAGCUACAAAACGACAUCGAGAACUUGAAGAAGGGACAGGCGCUCUUUGUUCACCUCGACCCGAAGCCAGACGCCAACAACCAAUCGGACAUAGUCGGCGCUACUUUACCCAAAGCGCCCCUCUCCAAAUUCCUCGAGAAACUAAAACCGAAAUCCGCCGAACGCAAAUCCGAAGGUUUGCACGAAAUCAAGCUUCCCAAACUCGCUCACACCCCAAAGGUCCGCGCCGGUACCGACGAUUUUUUCGAGAAUUUGCAACGAAUCCUCGACAGCGACGCGCCCCCCGAAACCAAGGAGACCCCGCUCGAGUUCGAUCUCGGUCCGAAUUCCGGCCUCGAAAACCGACUUCUGGAGCUGGAGAAACAGAUGAAGCUCUCGUCGAAAAUUCAAAAGCUGGAAAAGAAAAUCCAGCAGCUGCACGACACUAACGCCGAAUCUAAAAAUCUGGACGACGACGACGACGAUCUCAAAGCGCAGAUGAAGAAGUUGCAGCGACAGUUGAAGAACAUCAACAAGAGCAAGGUGGAAAGUAAGGAGCUGGAGGAAGACGACAUUUUGGACGAGCUGAAGAGUCUGCAGAGUGCGAUCAACGAGCUGAGACCGAAGGAAGAUACGAGUCAAGCGAAAAUUGGCAGCGCAGACAUUCAGGUAAUGUUAAACAAGCUGAUCGGUGUUCCAGCAGUGAGGCCAGUCGUUCCCGUGGUUCCCGCACACUCACAACUGACUCCCGCCCAGAUACAGAUAUUACGGAGGGUGAUGGCGAUGAAGGCGGCAUCCAGUCAUGGGCAUCAUGCGGCGCAUGGCCCGUCUGGGCUUGGGGGUGGACCGUCUUCCGGAGGGUUAGCUUAUGAUGGAUUUUAUGGCGGGCAAGGAGGUUACGAGGCAGGUUAUGGACAUGGGGUACCGAGUUACGGCUACGGUUAUGCUUACACUCCGGCGGCUGGGCACAAGUACGGACCGUAUGGCUCUGUGUCGCAGUAUUUUCCCGGUUUGUACGGUAGUAGUGGUUAUAGCUAUGCACCGUAUCCGGGGUUUGGAGGAUAUAACCCCCCUGAAGUAGGUGGUGGUGGCUACUACCCUCUAGGUGACUAUGUACCCAAGAGUGAAUAUGGCGCGACAUACCCAACAAACCCUGUGGCGUACAAACCUUCCCCGCCGGCGUACUCCGCCGUAACCGACCUUGGUAAAGCAGGCGCCAGUUACGCCCCGGCCUCUAAAGGCUACGCUCAAGGGGAGGGAAACUUUUUUCGCGGCUACGAAAGCGCUGACCAAUCGGAUGCGCCGCAAUCUUACGCGUAUCCACAAGAAAAUCCGUACACUGGCGAUGCGUACAGCCAGCAACGAAUUGAGGAGCUUCAGGACCAAAUUUAUAAAUUACAAAGCGUAAUAGGCAACCUAAACCGUCCCGAAUACAUCCAAAAACCCGAAGAUCAGCAAGUCAUUUACGACUUGGACAGCAAGAUCGGUCACCUGAGGGGUAUCGUGAGUAAUUUAGCUCAUCCCCCGGCGUACGGAUAUGAGUCAGGUAACGCAGAUGGAUAUGACGCGAGUCCCAAGUCGAGCAAGGGUCGUACCAAGCGUGAUCUACCCCGAGCUUACGAGGAAGGUAGAAAGACAGCAAUGAACGAUUUUUUGCGGAAAGUUGAUGACAUUCUCAGCGUCGUCAAUUAUUUUACGAAUGACUGGCACCAAAAGCACCAGGACAACAACUCAAUCGAGAGGGCUGGGGAAGUUUCCGAGCAAGUGCGAGCGCCCCGGGAGGUUGAGGAGGAGAGCCCGAUGGCUCGCAUACUGAACAAGCUGUACAGUUUAGCCGAGUUCGUCGACUCGCUGGGCGAAAAGGUGUCACAACUCAAUCAAAACUGCACUGCAAGUGGUGGUUGCGAGUCCAAGGCUGCCAGGAGGAAACGAGAAGCGAAAGACUCCGGAGAGGAUGACGACAUAAUUGGGGCCCUUGGCCUUGCUUUACAAGGAAUGGCGGCAGAUGAGAGCAGCGGCGAAGAUAACAGCGUGAAAAAAGAAGUGCAUCCGCAGAUUUUGCAAAGCAAACUCAACGACUUAAAGAAACAGUUAGAACAUAAGCUUCAUCCCGCAGCACCAUCCGCUCGUGUCCAAUCCCACCCCAAACAUCGAUCGUCAUCAUAUGACGACACCCCAGUAAGCUACCAGCCUAAUUAUUACACUCCACUCCUUCCGACUUACUACACUGUUUACGACGAUGACUACGACAAAGACAAGUACAAAACUAAAGACAAGGAUAAGUUCAUCAAACUGGAAGUAAAAAAAAAUUCGAAAUUCGAAAAAAUCUUUUCCAAAAUUCUAGAUAAAAUUCUACCCAAAAUUAUAAAAGCGAUUCCAAUCGUCCUUCAGAAAUUGAUCGGUAUCGAAAUCGACAAAGAAAUCGAAAUUGACACUUCCGGCGGAUACUACGACGACGGAUACGGAGGCGUUCAAAAAAAGCAAAGUUUCGGUUUUUUCGGAUUAAUUCCCGCGAUUAUUUUUAAGGUGCUCUCCAACAUAACUUACUUCGUAAAGAAGCUGAAGAAGGUGCCGUUUAUUCGAACCUUCCUCGUGCCUGCUCUCGUUACCGUCGGUACUGCUGGGUUAGUGAUCUUUUUGGUAUGGUGGCUUACUGGGGAUGAGCAUAAGGAUAGCUUCGGAUACGGUGGUUAUUACAAGGAAAAUUACGCUUACGAUAAUUCGCACGACGGUUACGGUUACGAUGGCAGUUACCGAAGUGCCGAUUCGAACAGUUUCAGGCCGAGGUAUUCGGAGAUCAGUCGAUUUAGCAAUCCAAAACCAGUCGUUCCUAGUCGAAAUGCGGUGACAUAUACGCCGAGGAUCCCGCCUCCUUUGCCGUAUAAUUACCCUAAACAAUACAAUCGUAAAUUUCCCGUUUCUACCCCGUACCGUGUAAAUAAUUACCAACAUUUGUAACUAUUAAAUAUACUUGGACUGAUUUUUUUAUCAAUUUUUGUCGGGGUUUUUUAUAGAUUUUGUAAUUUUGAAUAUAAAAAAGAGAA